AUACAUAAAUACUUGUUGGACCCUCUUUGAGACCUUUGUUCUAUUCACAACGACCAACGUUAAAUUAACCGCAGAAACACCCAAAUGAAAUUUACCGAUAACCAAAACCUUAGCUCCUAUUAACAAUUGGAAUGUGAGGUCGCACAAUAUCCAUGUUUUCCUCGAGUUUUUUAUUAUUAUUUUUUAAGAUUUAAUGUUUUAUUGUGUUUCCCCAACUCUAACUUUAAACAAACGUAAUAAGCAUUAGCCAUUAAGCAUCUCGCUCAAGCUUAGUCUAUAAAUAGCUCAUUCAAGUAGGCUGGAGACCAAAACAACCGUAGGUGAUCACAGUGGAGAGUUUUUAUUUGUUGAAGUGCUUGAGAAAUGAAACCAAAUAUGGGUUUAAUCUCUGGGAGUUUAGGGUUUAUUUUACUUAGUACUCUGCUUUUCAGCAAGGUUCAGGGUGCUGUUCGUAACUAUUACUGGGUUGUGAAGGAGACUAAUUUUACAAAGCUGUGUACCACAUCCACUGUUCUUACUGUAAACAACAGUUUUCCAGGGCCGGAGAUUCAUGCCAAGAAAGGUGAUACCGUUUUUGUCACUGUCCAGAAUGCCGGGCCAUAUGGUAUCUCUAUUCAUUGGCAUGGAGUUAGACAGCCGAGGAAUCCAUGGUCAGAUGGUCCAGAGUACAUUACACAAUGCCCAAUUAAGCCUGGAGGAAAUUUCACACAGGAGAUCAACUUGUCUACGGAGGAAGGAACACUCUGGUGGCAUGCCCAUAGUGACUGGUCGCGCGCCACGGUUCAUGGUGCCAUCAAAGUUUUUCCGGCCAAUGGAACCAGUUAUCCGUUCGAUAAGCCUGAUGGAGACCAAACAAUUGUAUUCUCCUCGUGGUACAAAUCAGAUGUGAUGGACGUGUUAGACGAAGCUCUCACAAGUGGCGGUGAUCCAAACGUUUCAGAUGCUUACACCAUCAACGGUGAACCUGGAGACUUGUACGACUGCUCUAAUGAAACAAUGUACAGCUUGUUGGUUGAGACUGGCAAGACUUAUCUCCUCCGCAUCGUCAACUCAAUCCUGAAUGAAGAAAUGUUCUUCGCGAUUGCGAACCACAACUUGACCGUAGUUGGGUCGGAUGGAGCAUAUGUCAAACCCUUUUCCACUGAUUAUUUGUUCAUCACCCCUGGCCAAACCAUGGACGUUUUGGUUACUGCAAACCAAGCAGCAAGUUACUACUACAUGGUUCUAACUCCUUUUCUUGAUACCGAUUCUUCUUAUGACAACACCACCUCUAGGGCACUUAUCAAAUAUAGGGGAAAUUAUACAGCUCCAACCUCAAUUCCUACUCCAACAUUUCCUAAUAUUAGUGACUCAAUAUCGGCACAACUCUUCGUUGUUCGAUUGAAGAGUUUAGCAGAUGCAGCUCACCCAAUCCAUGUCCCCAAAAACAUCACUAAACAAAUCUUCAUGACAGUAUCAGUCAAUCUAUUCGCUUGCCCCAAUUCUACGGGUUGUACAGUUGACGGCAAUAACAAGCUGGCAGCAAGCUUAAACAACAAUAGUUUUGUGAUGCCAUCAACCUCUCUGCUACAAGAAUAUUAUGACAAUAACUAUAAUGUGAGCCAUAUUGCUGAUGAGUUCCCGAACAAGCCGCCUACUCCUUUUAACUACACAACAGUGGCGGACAUGUCUGCAUACACAAGCGAAGGAACGCGGCUGAUAACAUUUAAUUAUGGUGACGAAGUGGAAAUUGUAUUCCAAGGAACAAAUAUCGGAGCCACACAGAAUCAUCCCAUGCAUCUUCAUGGAUACAGCUUUUAUUUGGUCGGAACAGGUUCCUCGGAUUUUGACAAUGGCACUGAUCCUGGCAGGUUUAAUUUGGUUGAUCCACCAGAGGUCAACACCGUUGCAGUCCCCAGAAAAGGAUGGACUGCUAUUAGAUUCAAGGCUGAUAAUCCUGGGGUUUGGUUUAUGCACUGCCAUUUCGAGAGACACACGACUUGGGGAAUGAGCACUGUUGUCAUAGUGAAGGAUGGAGGCACCAACGAAACAAGCAUGCGUCCACCACCCUCAUAUAUGCCUCCUUGUUCUUAAUUUUACAUCACUUUAAUGCUUAGGGGUUGUUCAACAUAUCAAAGUGUAGGACUUGAUAAAGUCAGCGAGACUAUGAAAUAAAAUUUUCUGAGGGAUGGAAUGAUGAUGAUGCUUCAUUUUUCUCCUUGUUACGUUUUGGUUUUGUAACAUGUGUGAGGUGAUGUAGCUGUUUAUUUUUACUGGGGGAAUCAUUUUGUUGUACCUUAAAGUUGUUUGGACUGUGCCUUACGUAUGUAGUCUCAUCCGUUAUGAGCAAUUUACUUUUCUUUUUUCUAGAGAAAGAGAGAUUUCAA